AUGUGGUUGAUGUUAUUUACACAUUAUCUGUUUGGUUAUGUUGGAACGGCAAUUUGUUCAAUCGGACUCGUAUUAGCCUUAUGUUCUGUUUACAUUUUCACGCGCCGACAGAUGCGCAGUGCUGUAGCGACGUAUCUCGCAGGUUUAAGUAUAAGUGACAGUUGUCUAUUAUCACUGGGCCUUGUGAUCGCAAUUAACUCGUCGAUUCCUCCCGAAAAGCAAAGCGAACUGUUCUACUCGUCACAUUUACAUAAAUAUCUAUUCCCUUACGUCUACGCUUGUAUCAUAUGGUUUCAAUUUACAAGUGUUUGGGUUACAAUUGGUUUCGCUGUUGAUCGAUGGUUUGCUAUAAAAUGGCCCAUGUUACAUUACACUUAUAGCUCUAAACGAGCAUGUUAUAUUGUUUUAACUAUUUAUUGUCUCGGUUUAAUUUAUUCAUUACCGCGAUUCUUCGAAUAUAAAACAGAAGUACAACGUGAAAAAUUAAUUCUUCUCGAGAAUGUCACGGAAGAUAUUGAACAUUUAGUCAUUACCAAUAAAGUUUUGGAAAAUCGCACUUAUCAAUAUAUUGUACAUCUUCUUCUCUACAGUCUUUUCCAAAGUAUUUUACCAUUAUUGAUGUUAUCUUACUUCAAUGUCGAACUCAUUCGAAGUAUCAAUGCUAGUUCGAAUUUCCUGAAACGUUUUACAUCGCUGUAUGUUCAAACGACGCGCAUAGGACGUGAAACACAUACUCCACGCUAUCGUGAAGGAACAAUCACACGUUCAGUAAUUUGUCUGAUCGGACUAUUUACAUUAUGUCAAGUACCUGCCUCCAUUCUCCACUAUAUUUAUAUGUUUUAUCGAAAUCAUCCAAUCCUUUACAUUUGUUAUGACAUUUCCAAUUUUCUAAUCCUUGUAAAUAGUGCCGUGAACUUCUUUAUUUUCACAUACUGUAAUCGCAAAUUCCGUCGAGAAUUAGCACGUGUUUGCUUCCGCGCUCGCGGUCCUCGAAAUAUGAUGCUACGCACAUCAAGUCACCAAUCACUUCGUCGAACAAAUUCCUACAUGAGAACGCCAGCGCAUAGUUCACACAAUUUACAACAACUUGAUAUGACCCAGACCAAUUCGUGGGAAUAUCACCGACCAAAUAGUCGAUUUAUCUCUCAGACAGAUCAAGGCAUGAGCAGUGAAUGCAUGCAUCCGCUACAAAAAAAGUUUUCCGACGUUUCAAUCCAAUCACAAUAUCAUCUUCAUCCGUUUUAUAAACGUUCAGAUUCAAUGCUUAGCAUUCGAGCAUCAAAUAUGCAUAAUAAUAAUAAUAACAAUAGUAAUCAAACACAACGUCAGGGUAGAUUUUCUCUAUGUGAUUUGAAUGAUCAACAAUCGAAUCAUUUUCCGUAUAUAAAUGAUGAACAUGACCUUCGACUGCCAGUGAUUAAACCGAGCCGAACUCCGAAAAAACGUUUACUAUUUCGACGAAAAAAACAUUCAUUAACUGGCUCGUCCAAUGCCUCCAAUCAGCCUUCAGAAAAUAAAACAAAUAAACGUUCAAAAAAGAAAACUAAAUCAACAUUUUCAUACAAUCCAAUAACGUCAUCGUCAUCGACGACAACAACAUCGAAUUUGACACGUUCGACAAUCUAUACGACUUGUUCAGAAAGUUCAGGACAUGCAGAUCAACACAAAUCAACUCGACCAACCAGUAGUCAACGAUCCAAAUCCAGACAUUUUUUUCGUAAAUAA